AUGAGGCCAGAAGCUCAGCGGCAGAUAGGGUUUCAGUCCCUGGGUGCCUGCAAGCUGUUCAGCCCGGAAGAGCUCAAAUAUGGCAGGCAGCAUUGCGGAGACUUUGAGAACUGCUUUCUACGCAGACAAUGCAAAAAUAACUUUGAGUUCGUACACAGCAGAUCAAUUGCAGAUAGUACUGUAGUUCCUGCUAAUGGCAUAAUAAUGUUGACCACUACUGGAAAUACGCCAGAGAGCUGCAAAAAUCUUUCGUGUUACAAGAGUCCACAGUCGGAAAAUACAGUGAUACCAGUUUACCCUGCCGCAGCAACAAGCAAAGGAGACGUUUCUGCUGUGUGCUGUACGUGGCAGAAGAGCCACAGCGCUGAAGUGGGUGAGCCUCAAAGUAUGUAUGCUUCGGAUCAGACAGAAGUGAAUAACAACUGUGAAUAUCAAACCAGAGAUGCUGUUUCUCAUUCUGUUGGUGCACAUGAUAGCUUUAGUUCAAGUUUCAGCUUCAUACAACUCUCCCUGAACUCAUCCUCUGGAGUAAGUGAUGCUAAAGGGAAGUUAACCGUCGAGGAAGCUGAGUACGUUCCAGAUCCCAGCACUGCAGGAAAUCUGCAGAAGCCAGAGGAGAUGACACAGCCUCAUGAGCACUUGGGAGCUUUGCAUUGCUUCCCCAGGCCCAGGGAGGAUUCGGACUGUGAAAAUGAGACCACAGCAAUUGAUAAAGUACAGGACUGUGAGACGGUCUCUUUCUCGGAUACAGAUGCAACACUUUCAUAUUCUGCAGAUUUCUCAGAUGCAGCAUCUGCUGGUUCUUCUGUCACCUCAGGCUAUGAAAGUAGCUUUACUGUUAGUGACCAUAACUGGGAUACUUUGAUGAAAAAAUAUGAGCCAGUGCUACAGGACUGUCUGCUUGGCAACCGCAGUAUGCUAAAGGUGAAAUCCUUGAUCUUAAGGCUUCAGAAGCUUCAGGAAAAAGCAAUAGAGGAAGAUGACUAUGAGAGAG